CCUAUUGGAGGCCCUGUGUGAGUUGGAGAGAGAGAGAGAGAGGGACUGCAUGUGUGGACUCUGGUCUAUUGAGGUAGUGGUGGUUACAUGCUACAACUAUGGAUCAGAGCUUGGUGAUCCCGGUGGUGGCAGCUGUUUCUGUGGUGGUUGUGUCUGCACUGUACUUCCUGCUACGAGGCGCUACAGGAGAGAAGAAGAAGAAGCUGCCCGUCACUUUGCAGGAUUCUACUGUCAAAUAUCCCCUGCCGCUCAUACACAAAAAGGAAAUCAGCCAUGACACAAAGAAAUUUCGGUUUGGACUUCCAUCUGCAAAUUGUAUCCUCGGACUACCAGUAGGUCAGCAUGUGUACCUGUCAGCCAAGGUGAACGGCAGUCUGGUGGUCAGAGCCUACACCCCAGUGUCCUGUGAUGAUGACCAGGGUUAUGUAGACCUUGUGGUCAAGGUGUACUACAAGAACAGCCACCCCUCCUACCCAGAGGGAGGAAAGAUGUCUCAGUACCUGGACAACAUGGCUAUAGGGGAAACUAUUAACUUCAGAGGACCCAAUGGACUGCUGGUGUAUAAGGGGAAUAGCCAGUUUUCCAUCCGACCAGACAAGAAGUCAGAGCCAAACGCUCGGAAAUUCAAGCACCUCGGGAUGAUUGCUGGUGGAACAGGUAUCACUCCUAUGCUGCAGUUAAUCCGCAGCAUCACAGCAGACCCCACUGACAACACCAAGUGCUCCCUCAUAUUUGCCAACCAGACUGAGAAGGAUAUCCUGCUGAGGGAGGAGCUGGAGGAGGUGCAGAAGAACCAUCCUGACAGAGUUCAAAUCUGGUUCACGCUGGACAAACCUCCGCAGGAUUGGAACUAUAGUUCAGGGUUUGUGACCUAUGACAUGAUCAAGGACCACCUCCCCGCUCCGUCCAGCGAUGUCCUUGUUGUCCUGUGUGGUCCACCGCCGAUGAUCCAGUAUGCCUGUCUGCCAAAUCUGGACAAGCUGGGGCACAAAACAGAAAACAUUUUUGCAUACUAGAGUUCUGAUGGUUUAUGACCUGUACUAUUUAGAUCUGUAAACAAUAAAUGUGAACACUGUUGAUAGUCUUA